GUCAGAGUUUGUUUUGAGCAUGCGUUGAAAUACCACAGUGCCCCGUGUGCUGUGUGUAUGUCCGUGUGUUGAUAUGUAACAGGGAAAAAUCGCUCCACCCGUCUCCUGCUCAUCAUAUAAGCCCGUCUAGUCAGAAGACUGUGUCCUGCCGAAGGUGUUUGCUCAGAGAAAGCCGCUGUUCCUGCAUUUACCCGCAGUAGUGGUGAAGUAGGACACUCAGCGCUGCUACAAGGUACCACAACAGAACACAAGGGGAAAUUACAGAAGAGGACAACGAUUUUUUUCUUCCCGGAAAGAAGACAAAGUUACACUGGGUUGGAACAUCGUGAAGUUUAACCCCUCCCACACAGAUGCUUCCGGCCGACCUGAUUGGUGGGAGUGAUGUGUGAACUAGAUGACCUGGCUGGCCAAUCAGUGGAGCAUGAGAGUGUGCUGACAGCCAGAGCAGCAGUGUUUCUACCAGAGCGUGAGAGGGAGUGGAGGAGAGGAACAGAGCCAGAGGGAGAGGAGGAGGAGGAAGAGGCAGAGGAGCAAAGGGAAGGAAUGGGUGUUGGUAAAAACACCACCUCCAAAUCCAUGGACUCCGCCGCAGAGCCUGGCAAAUAUGAGGAGGAGAACAAACACAGUGCACACUUCUAUCCCAUCCCAGUGGUUAAUGGUGUCGUGCAGACCCCCGGAGAUCAGGACGCAGAGGACACGCAACUCAUGGCCAUUUACACAAAAGACAGCCAGACUGAGGACAAAUGCUCCAUAUCAGAGACUGUGGACAGUACAGACAGCAUAGACGCCAGGAGAAGUGACAUGAUAUACACCAUAGAGGACACACCACCUUGGUACCUGUGUGUUUUUCUAGGUUUACAGCACUAUCUUACCUGCUUCAGUGGAACUAUCGCUGUACCCUUCCUGCUUUCUGAGGCCAUGUGUGUGGGAUAUGACCAAUGGGCAACCAGUCAGCUGAUUGGCACCAUUUUCUUUUGUGUGGGCAUCACCACCCUGCUGCAGACCACCCUUGGCUGCCGGCUUCCAUUGUUCCAGGCUAGUGCUUUUGCUUUUCUCGCCCCUGCAAGAGCCAUCCUUUCACUGGAUAAGUGGAAAUGUAACACAACAGCUUUUCCUUUAUUAAAUGCCACAGAGCUGCCACACACAGAAGACAUCUGGUACCCCAGGAUACGAGAGAUCCAGGGUGCUAUAAUAGUCUCGUCUCUAAUCGAGGUGAUCAUAGGGGCCUUGGGUUUGCCAGGUGUCCUGUUGAAGUACAUCAGCCCGCUCACCAUUACUCCUACUGUCACUCUCAUUGGGCUCUCGGGCUUCCAGGCGGCUGGAGAGAGGGCAGGCAAACACUGGGGCAUCGCCAUGCUAACCAUAUUCCUGGUGCUGCUGUUCUCUCAGUAUGCACGUAACAUCCAGUUGCCGCUUCCCAUCUACAGAUCCAAAAAAGGUUGGACAUCUUACCGCCUGCAGCUGUUCAAGAUGUUCCCAAUCAUCAUGGCGAUCCUUGUGUCAUGGUUUCUGUGUUUCAUCUUCACGGUGACUGACGUGUUUCCUCCUGAGAAGGACAAAUAUGGGUUCUAUGCCCGAACAGACGCCCGACAGGGCAUCCUUGCAGCCGCUCCCUGGUUUAAGAUACCCUACCCCUUCCAGUGGGGGUUGCCCACAGUGACAGCAGCAGGGGUGAUUGGGAUGAUGAGUGCUGUGGUUGCCAGUAUCAUAGAGUCUAUUGGAGACUAUUAUGCCUGUGCCCGUCUCUCCUGUGCCCCGCCUCCACCUAUACAUGCCAUUAACAGAGGGAUCUUCAUGGAGGGACUUUCCUGUGUUCUCGAUGGCGUCUUUGGGACAGGAAAUGGCUCAACAUCGUCUAGCCCAAAUAUUGGAGUUCUGGGCAUCACAAAAGUGGGCAGCAGGCGGGUAAUUCAGUAUGGUGCGGCACUGAUGCUACUACUAGGAAUGGUGGGUAAAUUCAGCGCUCUCUUCGCAUCAUUGCCGGACCCAGUUCUGGGGGCGCUGUUCUGCACUCUAUUCGGCAUGAUCACUGCUGUUGGCCUUUCCAAUCUGCAAUUUGUGGAUCUCAACUCGUCCCGCAAUCUGUUUGUCCUUGGCUUCUCCAUCUUCUUUGGCCUCGUCCUGCCCAGCUACCUCAAAGAAAACCCUCUAGUCACUGGUAUAGUGCAGAUAGAUCAGGUGCUGAAUGUUCUGCUUACGACUGCCAUGUUUGUAGGAGGUUCAGUGGCGUUUGUGCUAGAUAAUACUAUUCCUGGCACCCCGGAGGAAAGGGGCAUCCGUAAGAUGAAUCGUGGAAACAGCGCAUCUAAACGGGACAGAAUGGAGUCUUACGACCUUCCGUUUGGUAUGGACUUCCUGCGGCGUCAUCGCAUUUUCCAGUACCUCCCAAUCAGCCCCACUUUCGCUGGCUACCAAUGGAGCAUCCUCACCCACGGUUGCCAUAACAGAAGAGAGGACGACAUGCCAACAAAGCCAGAACUGGGAGAAAGUGGGGUAUAGUGUUUAGCACUAGUAUGUUUUCAGAUGGUAGUCACAACGCUCCAUUCCACUCAGACAGCAAAAUCCACAGCCCGGUCCUUUAACAAAAAGCCAGCUAUAAACUAUCUUCAUCCUACAAUCCUUUAAAAACUCUGUAUCCUUUUUGAUCGAGUUUGUCAUCAACACUAAAGUUGGUUUCUUAAAACUUUGACAGCACAGCAGCUUUGGAGCUGAUCUGAAGGUGUCUCCAUGACAACAGUGAGUGGAUGCAAUGCAGGUUGUACUCGUUCAUCUCACUCUGUGUGGGAGAACGUGAAAACAGAGACUGAUGGAUGGAAAAAUCACUUUCUGAAUUUCCAGUAUCAGUGUUCCUUUUUUUGGCCUGCACUUCUCCAUCUGCAUCAGUGUGUAGAUAAUUGGAUGUGUUUGAAUUUAAAUGAAGUACUAUUGAGUGCCUACGUGCACAUGGCGGCCACUAUCACCUUCACAUUCACAACAAACACAAACAUGCUCAGUCUCGCUUUAUGCAUGGCGCAGUUCCGGAUCCCGUUAAACCAAGAGGAUCGUUAAAGGUUUACUUAGUGAUGCAAGGUUAUUGUGCUUUAUGUUUGAAUUGCACUGCUUGAAUUAACGCACAAAAUGUAGUUUGCUUGUUCCUAAUUUAACUUCCAGUGUCCGAGUCUUGCUUCCAAAUCCGUAAGUACUUAAACUGAAAUGAAAAAUUUAAGUCCCAAUGCCUUAAAUGUAAGGAAAACGAUUCAGUCGUACAAAUUUAUGUUUUAGUCAUCUCGUUUAUGUUGUUAGUUAGCUGCUAUUUUGCUUAAAGUGUUAGUUCACCCAAAAAUGAAAAUUAAUUAAUUUUUGGGUGAACUAACACUGUAAUAGCUCAUAUUGAAAGAAACGUUUCUUAUUAAAUGCCACCUUGAAUUUGUAGCGUGUUUUGGAGGCGGAUAGCUAUGCAGUAGGUAAAAUUAUACAAAAAACGAAUGUAUGUCAGUGCAUGGUUUGCAAAAGAAGGAAGACUGGAAGGGGAAAACUUGAGAAUGGUUGCACUCAGGCAGUCCCAUCGAAAGAUGUGGGGAAACGUUUUUCUUUUGGUCGGAUUCUGUUGAGCCCUCCUUUGGGCGUCUUUUAUGUGAUUAUAGGUGGCACUUCCUCACUGCUGUUCAAGAGAAUGUGGUUUAUAAUGUAGAUUCUCACAAGCACUGCAGAUGUGGUUUGUUUUUGGACACAGAGAGGAUGGGCGGAAUUUAGUGGGCAUUUAUUGACAGUUUCUCCAACUGUAUAAAUCCUGUUGUACUGCAUUAUCACAAUCACUUACUAAUCGUUAGUAUUUAGUUGGACCUAUAAGUUCACAUUUCUCAUUUUUGGUUUACAGACGUACUAUAAUCUUUACAGUAACAUGUACAACACACAGCAUUUUUAAAUGUACACUAUCCGUUUGUGUUGCAGCAUUGUAACCAAUUUUUGACCAUUGGAGACUCUGGUGUCAUGGAAUGGAGACUUCAUUGGCCUUCCUGAUUUAAUAGUGCGCAGUUAUGCUUUCACCUCUGUGAUAAUCUCACUUACAGCUUCAUCUGAUGGUUGUAUCUUUAUUUGAAGCUCAUACUGUGUCCACUUCAGAUUCAGAGUUUCUUUUGUUGACUUGUAAUUUAUUUAUUUAUAUGUACUGUCUACUAUCUUUGUGCAAAUCCUUUGCUGCCUGUAAGCAGGAAAUGGGAGAUGCAGUUCUGCACUCUAAGGUUUGAUUUGAUAGGCUGUCAGCAUGGUGCAAAGAGAAAUUGCAGUUUUAUAUUACCAGUCUUGAUAUUUACAACAUAACUGGUGCUUCCUCUGUGAAUCAUUCCAACUAACAUGUUUGAGAUGUUUCUCUCUCGCUCGCUCUCUUUCUAGCUGACCUGUAAUACAGCCUAAUUUUGGUUUCUUUGAUUUUGUUUUUAACAGAAAACCCUAAUUAUGCAAGGACCAUUUCACUUAGUAACACAAUGUUACAACUGUUACUUUGUUUUCAGCCUUAUUUACACAUUUUUUCAAAACGUUCUGUGCAUUAUAGCAGGAAAGAACACAUCGCACGUGUGUUUGAGAGUGUUGAGGAGACAGUAUUUGGUACCUAAAAGCCAGAUCUGAGUGUUGUAUGUAUACAAGGCAAUACUAAUUUACUUACUGUUUAGUGAACACUUGAAACAGAGUGCUGCAGCAAAAAUUCUACAGUAGAAUAAGAUAUACAGUUCAAAACAUAUAUUGUAAAGAAUCCAUUACUAUAGCACUUUUUGGUCCUAAAAUAACCUUCUUAUAAAACAUUCAGCACUCUGAAGUGUGGUAUAAUGAUUGCCUGUGAAUCCAAAGUAAAUGCAUCUGAGAAAGUGUGAAGUUUGCCUCUGAAUCCCAUCCCAUUCACACCGAUAGUGCUUGCAGUGGUGUCAGUCUCGUCUCCUUAAAUUUUAUCCUUAUAUAGUUUAUUGAAAUGUUAUUUGAAACAGAAUAUGACAUCUUAUGAAGACCUUUCACAGCCUGUGGUGUUUAUUUGUCUUGUCAAUCGUUUCAGUCAUUUAUAUGGCAGUGAAAUUAAUAAAUAUUUGUCAGAAUAUAUAGCAAAUGGUGAUUUCAAAAGGAUUUUUGGCCACUAAUUUACACUAUUAUUAGUACUUUUAACAUUUAUUGAUGCUAAAUAUGGUUUUUAACAUGAGAACAUUUUGGAAACACACACUGUUGUGCGAAAUCUCUGUAUGGGCUGUCAUGUAAAGGUUGUGAUGGGUCUUAAUAACAUGGUGGCAUGUGAUUCAAAGAAAAACAACCCUUCAGUUAUUUUGAAGGGGGUAUAUCUGAAGAAUAUACUUAGUUUCUCUGAAUUGUAAUAUGUUUUUAAUGUUUUACUGUUUUGUUUGUACAUCAUUUUGUGUUUUUACAGACGAAAAGAUGUUGGAAAAAAUGCUUAUCUUAAAUCAUCAUGCUGCAAAGCGCACCAAUUUGUUACUUUUUUUUUUUUUUUUUUUAAUCUGUAGUUUGAUUGAAUAUAUUUGUUGUUAACUUGGAUGUUUUCAUAUUGUAUUUUUCUAACAUUACUUCUGUUCAUGUUAAAAUUAGUACAAAUUUAGAAAGUGCAAUGCAUUGAAACUAUUAUAAAUACAUGAAUAUAUAUAUUGAGUGCAGAAUGUGCUAUAUUCUUGGACCAGCCAUUGCAGCUCCUGUUAGUAGAAACAGCAGAAAUUGUUUUAUUCCAUGUUCCUAAAGACAUUUAAUAAGAUGUUUCUGAGCAAAUCAUAACGUCUUUUGUCUCU